UGGAACUAGUUGAGUAAGUGACUGCCGUGCAUUCAAGACGUUGCGAGACCUUUGAAGAAGCUCCCUUUUGUGACAUUAUUGCAGCAAACAAAUGUGUGCAAGCACCUUGAGUCAGGAUCAGUGUGAAUGUAGUGCAUAAGGAAAUUGUUGAGAUUUACAAUUUGCUGGACAAUAAUCCGUUAGACAUUGUUUGAUAGUACCUGGUGAUAAUAAACGUGUGAAUAAGGUGAAUGAUGAUCAAAGUGGACGCACCGCCGCCGACGAUUAUGAACACCCAAACUGUUUUCGGCAUGGCUCGAGCACCUCUUAAGUCCAGCUUCUCCAUCAAUGCUAUCCUUCCGGAGACCCUGGAGGAGUCAUCGCCAACAUCAACCCCAAGCCCCUAUCACUCUCCCAUGGAAUCGGAGCAGGAUCUAACGGAUACGGAGAGUGAUCUCGAUGUAACGGGUACCCCACCACCGAUGGACUGCUCAAAUGGCGCCAGAGAUCGCGAUGAUGCCGGCGACAAUGGCACCUCAAGUCCAGUAUCCAAGGAGGGUGAUAGUACAAAUGGUAGCGAGAAGAAAGGCAAUGAGAAGCCCCCAUACUCUUACAAUGCCCUCAUAAUGAUGGCCAUUCGACAGAGCCCCGAGAAGCGGCUCACACUAAAUGGUAUCUAUGAAUACAUCAUGAAGAAUUUCCCGUACUACCGGGACAAUAAGCAAGGCUGGCAGAACUCCAUUAGACACAAUCUCAGCCUCAAUAAGUGCUUUGUGAAAGUGCCUCGACACUACGAUGAUCCCGGCAAAGGGAACUAUUGGAUGUUGGACCCAUCGGCUGAGGAUGUCUUCAUCGGUGGUUCCACGGGGAAGUUGCGACGUCGUACAACGGCGGCAUCACGUUCCCGCUUGGCUGCUUUCAAACGAUCUCUAGUCGGCCCAAUGUUCCCCACGCUGGCCUACCCGCAAUUUGGGCAAUUUCUCUAUCCGCAACAUGCAGCAGCCGCUGCCGCUGCGGCACUUUACACACGCUACGGGCCCUACACGCCGAGCUUAGCACCCAAACCACCCGCACUUCCGCUCACACUGCCUUUUGCGCCGUCUGGCUUUGGGAUGGAGCGUCUCCUGACCACCCAGUCACCACCUACACCAUCAGCGGAGCUGUACCAAAGAUUGCAGUACCAACAAUUGCUGCAGCAUCAUGCGGCGGCACAGCAACUGCACCAUCCGCCACCAUCAAUGCCACCAUCUCUGCCACAGCUGAGCCCUACGAAUCCCCCCCAAAUCCCACCACAGAGCUCAGGAAGUCCUCCACAUCCACCGUCACCCAUCUUCAAACCCAUCACAGUGGUGUCGCGGAAUAGUUGAAAUGGCACCAUCGAGGUAUGGAAUAGUACGAAGAGUGUUAUCGUUUAGUGAUUAACUGCCUCCAUUCCGUAAGAAAACACCUCGAUGAGAUAAUUCCAAAAAGAUAAUAACACGAGGACAUUAUUUCUCGUUUAGUGCAAAUAAACAUUUCAAAGACUUUUGUAAUGAGAAAAUGUUGAAGGCGGUUAAUGGUUUUUCUUCGAAUUAAAUGUGAUAAGUCAAUUUAUCGUGCUUAUGCAAAACUCCUCAUCUAUUGUGAAUUUUUGUAGAAGAAAAAAAAGGUGUAAUUAUGCAAAAAUUGUAAUAAAUCGACUUAGCAUGUUUUUAUCAUAAAACCGCCGAAAGAAGCUGAAGCACAUUUUAUUUAUAAUGAUUAUUUAGUAAUUAUCUCAUAAUAAUAAACUUAUUCAUUUUGCAAUAAAUUCUUUUAUUGCAUUCCCUACUUAAACAUUAUUCUCAUUAUUGUUAAAGAAAAAGAAAAUAAUAAUUCCCAUCAAGAGUAUUGUUUUGACCAUCAUCAAAAAACCAAUCAAAGGGUUAAAAUGAAUAAUAUUUUCUCUAUACCUGGAAUAUGUGUUAUUAGGAAUAAAUUAUGUACAUACAUACAUGCAUAGGAACACUAUGUUUUAACAAAAAAUCGAAUAAACCAUGUAAAUAGUGUAAAAAAAAAGAAAUAUUAUAAAAUCAAAAGAGAAAUCUUCUAAGAAAUUGAUUUAAACAUGAAA